UGUUUCGUCUGUACGUUGGUCAUAUUGUGAAUGUCGAUUGAACCGCUAUCUGGCGAUUAGUACUUUAACUUCGCGUCAUAUGAUUGAUCUCUUGAUGGUGCAAAAUGGCUAGCCAGACGCAAGGAAUACAACAGUUAUUGGCUGCUGAAAAACGUGCUGCCGAGAAAGUAGCGGAAGCUAGAAAGAGGAAAGCACGUCGUCUGAAACAAGCUAAGGAGGAGGCCCAAGACGAAAUUGAGAAAUACAGACAAGAACGAGACCGACAGUUUAAGGAAUUUGAAACUAAGCACAUGGGAUCUAAGGAAGAUGUUGCAGCACGUAUUGAAGUUGAUACUAAAAUCAAGAUAGAAGAGAUGCAGAAGGCUGUCAACACACACAAGGAAGCUGUAAUCACAAAAGUGUUAGAGUUGGUAUACGACAUUAAACCUGAACUCCACAAGAAUUACCAGGCUUCUCUGAAGUAACAUCAAGAAGAUCUGUGAUACUUCAUUUAAACACUCAUUUACUAGCAUUUCAUAAAGUGUAUGCCACAUGAGAUGACUUUAUGAAAUAAACUUUAUAGUUGUUGAAAUAUAAUCUGUAUUAUAUUGUUAUUGUAA